AUGAUCUACCUUCCCCCCCUUCUUCCCUCCUUCCUUCCUUCCUUCCUUCCUUCCUUCCUUCCUUCCUUCCGCCAUCCUUUCCUUCCUUCCUUCCUACCUUCCUCUUUUACUCUAUCCCUUCAUGCCUUCCUUCUUUCCUCCCUGCCUUCCUCCAUCCUUUCCUUCCUUUCUCCCUUCCUUCCUUCCGCCCUCCAUCAUUUCCUUCCUUCCUACCUUCCUCCAUGCCUUCAUUCCUUCCUUUCUUCUUCAUUCCCUCCCUUCCUUCAUUCUUCCCCUCCUUACUUCUUUCAUUCCACCCUUCCUGACCUUCCUUCCUUCCUCCCUUCCUUCCUAUCUGCCUUCCUCCCUCUUUUCCUUCCUUCAUGCCUUCCUUUCUUCCUUACUUCCUUUCUCCCUUCCUUCCUUCCUUCCUUCCUUCCUUCCUUCCUUCCUUCCUUUCUCCUUUCCCUCCUUUCUCCCUCCAUCCUUUCCUUCAUUCCUUCCUUCCUUCCUUCCUUCCUUCCUUCCUUUUUUCUCCUUUCCUUCACCUUCCCUCCAUCCUUUCCUUCCUCCAUCCCUUCAUACCUUCCUUUCUUCUUCCCUCCCUCCCUUCCUUUUUCCCUUCCAUACUUCCUUCCUUCCACCCUUCCUGACCUUCCUCCCUUCCUUCCUCCCUGCCUGCGUGCAUUCCUUCCAUCCUUCUUUCCACUAUUUCUUAUUUCCCUUUUUAGUAUUUGGCUAGGUUCUAUCAGCCUUCCUUUCAUUUUUAUCCUCAUUUCAGUUUCUCUUGUAUAUGACAUGAAGCCAUUUUCAUCGCAACCUCUCCUCCUCCCUUCAACCUCCAUUCUCAACCGCCUCUCCAUGCCCCCCCCCUCACCUAUUUCAAUCUCGAUCCCCCCACCCUACUUUCCUUUCGUUCCCCCACGUUUCCUCUUCUCAUUCAUUCUUUCAUUGAUUUGUAGAAAUGUUUCACCGCCUCACAUCUUGCAUCAUACUAUGUCUUACCAACCUUUCGUUACUGUUCCAUUUUUUUCUAAACCGACACCCCCACCCCCGGGCUCGAUCUGUCCUUUCUUCCCAACCAAUCCUUGGUCCUCCCACAACCUCAUUCCUGCAGCUCCCAUUUCGCGUCUUUUGCCUAAAGUGUCGUCUCUUUCCCCGAACCCCGAUAGCAAAGCAGCCGUUUCUUCUUGA